AUGGAUUCAUUAAGUCAACAGAAUAAUGGGUACAAGUACGUUUUAACUGUUAUUGAUGUACUCGGCAAAUAUGCGUGGGUUGAAGUGAUAAAAGCCAAAACUGGGAACAAUCUUGUCAAAGCUUUUGAGAAAAUAAUCAAGAAAGGCCGUAAAACGAAAAUGUUUCACACUGAUAAGGGGACGGAGUUUAUCAAUAGACAGUUUCAAACCUUUUUGAAGAAACAUAGCAUUCGAUUUUUACGACGUACAACGAAACCAAGGCAUCGAUUGUUGAAAGGUUUAAUCGCAUGCUCAAGACGAAAAUGUGGAAAUAUUUUACAGUGA